AUGCCAGAAGUUCAAGUUAAGAAAGACGCAGCGUACUGGGCAGCUCGAAAGAAACGAUUUUUCCAGCAUAAUGGCGCGGCAGUUGAAAAGCAGAAAUUAAAAGAGGAAUCAUACGAGCGGUUCAAGUAUCUUCUCAAACUGACCGAUCUUUUUCGUCAUUUUAUAAGCGUUAGAGCCAAACAAGAUAAAAACAUCCAGAAACUACUGAAGAGCAUCGAAUUGGAUGGUGGUAGCCAUGAAAAAAGUGGUAGCGGAAGAUCUCAGGACUCGAGACAUCAUAGAAAGACCGAAAAAGAAGAAGAUGCAGAAUUGAUGGAAGAAGAAGAGGAAGACAUUGAAUCCACAGGGCUUUUGACAGAAUCUCCCAGUUACAUUGAGUCUGGAACGCUUCGAGACUACCAGGUUCAGGGUGUCAAUUGGCUGCUUUCUCUAUAUGAAAAUAAACUUUCUGGAAUUUUAGCAGAUGAAAUGGGUCUCGGAAAAACUCUACAGACAAUUGCGUUUCUUGGCUAUCUUCGCUACGUCAAAGGUGUUGAUGGGCCUUCCAUUAUCAUUGUUCCAAAAUCAACAGUCAAUAAUUGGCAGCGCGAGUUUGCAAAAUGGACUCCCGAGGUCGAAACCGUCGUGUUAAGUGGUGACAAAGAAGCACGUCAAGGAAUUCUCAACGAUGUUAUACUUGAAGCCAAAUUCGAUAUACUAAUCACCUCCUAUGAAAUGGUUAUCAAGGAAAAGUCUACUCUGAAAAAACUUAUGUGGCAGUUUUUGGUAGUUGAUGAAGCACACAGAAUCAAAAACGAACAGAGCACGCUUUCGCAAAUAAUUCGUCUUUUCAGUUCCAGAGGAAGACUUCUUAUUACUGGUACACCUCUCCAGAACAAUUUACAUGAGUUGUGGGCUCUUCUGAAUUUCCUGCUGCCAGAUAUAUUUGGCGACUCGGACGUUUUUGACCAGUGGUUCGAACAAAACGAGGGUGACGAAGAUCAAGAUGUUGUUGUUCAGCAGCUACACACAGUGCUAAGUCCUUUCCUUUUGAGACGACUGAAGUCAGAAGUGGAAACAUCGCUUCUGCCGAAAAUCGAAACAAACCUGUACGUUGGAAUGACCAAGAUGCAGGUACAGUGGUAUAAAAGUCUUCUAGAAAAGGACCUCGACGCCGUAAACGGCGCGGUUGGAAAGCGUGAAGGCAACACAAGGCUGCUUAAUAUUGUCAUGCAGCUGAGGAAAUGCUGUAAUCACCCAUACCUGUUCGAAGGCGCCGAACCUGGGCCCCCGUUUACCACAGAUGAGCACUUGAUUUACAAUGCAGGCAAAAUGAUAGUUCUGGACAAGCUGCUGAAGAAGAAGAAAGAGGCUGGAUCUCGUGUCCUUGUUUUCAGUCAAAUGUCCAGGCUUCUUGAUAUUCUCGAAGACUACUGCUUUUUUAGAGAAUAUGAAUACUGUCGCAUUGACGGAUCCACAUCGCAUGAAGAAAGAAUAGAGGCCAUCGACCAGUUCAACGAACCAAACUCAAAGAAAUUCAUAUUUCUAUUGACAACUAGAGCAGGCGGUCUCGGAAUCAACUUGGUAACCGCGGAUACCGUGGUUUUAUAUGAUUCAGACUGGAAUCCCCAAGCGGACUUACAAGCCAUGGAUAGAGCACACAGAAUAGGUCAAAAAAAGCAAGUUCAUGUUUAUCGGUUUGUGACUGAAAAUGCUAUCGAGGAAAAGGUCAUCGAGAGAGCGGCUCAAAAGCUCAGAUUAGACCAGCUGGUCAUUCAACAAGGCGUCGGCAAGAAGUCUGCCUCCAUCGGCAAUUCGAAAGGUGAGCUGUUAGACAUGAUUCAGUUUGGUGCGAAAGACGUCUUUGGAAAAGAUUCACAAAACAUAAGCGUUGAGGACGACAUCGACGAAAUCCUGAAGAAAGGUGAACAAAAGACUCUUCAACUGAAUGCCAAGUAUGAAAAACUUGGUUUAGAUGACCUUCAGAAGUUUAAUGGACUUGGAGAUCAGUCUGCUUACGAAUGGAAUGGUGAAAAUUUCCAAAAGCGGCCGGAUGAUAAAACAAAGACUUGGAUCAAUCCAUCAAGAAGAGAAAGACGAAGAGAACAAUCUUAUUUUACGGAGGACAAUCCCAAGGAAGAAGAUUCAGUAACCAAAACUAAUACCCAGUCGCGGGUGACCAAACCACCCAGAACUGUUAAUUUCCAGGACCAUCAGUUUUUGCCUCCUAUGGCCAAAGAGCUUCAAUACAAGGAACAAUUAUGGUUCAAAAAAAAGGUCAACUACCGGAUUUCGGCAUACGAUCUGGGAUUAGAUGAGACAGAAGUUGGUGAUGAAGAUGUUAACAAACGCGUGCUUGAGGAACAAAGCAAGAUCGAUAAUGCGGUCGAGUAUACACAGGAGGACGAAGAAAUGAAGCAAAAACUGAUCAGCCAAGCUUUUAUGAAUUGGAAUCGGAAAGAAUUCUUUGUUUUCAUUAAUAGCUCUGCGAGGUUUGGAAGAGAUGAUUACGAAUCCAUUGCUGAGGCCUUCGACAACAAAAGUGUUGAGGACGUCAAAGCUUAUGCAAAGGUCUUUUGGGAAAGGUAUAAGGAGCUUCCGGGACACGAGAAAUACUUGAAUUCCAUAGAGGCUGGUGAGAAAAAGGCCGAUAGGUUGAAAAAUCAGGAAUCACUACUAAGGAAAAAGGUUGAGCAGUAUGAAGAUCCGCUAUAUGACAUGGUGGUACAGUAUCCACCAAAUAAUUCUAGGAAAACGUUUGACCAUUUCGAGGACCGUUUCAUCUUAACGACCAUUCACAAGAUAGGCCUUUCGGCUGAGAACUUGUACGACAAGGUCAAACAAGAAAUUAUGGCUAGCGACUUAUUUGAGUUUGACUGGUUUUUCAAGUCUAGAAACGUUCAAGAAAUCGCAAAACGGGCCAACACCUUACUUGCAAUUAUUGCGAGAGAGUUUGAUGGACCCGAGCCUUUCAAAAAGAAGAAACGCGGAGGACGGGAUAACACACCAAUUGGCGACGAUGAAACCAGUCAUUCCCCAAGCGUGCAAGCAGAAAAACGAAUCAAAUUGCAAGAUGAAUGA